GACUGGAGGUUUGGUCAUGUCUGGACUGUUGGGAGUCCGAGUGCUGCUGCUGUGGAGCUGCUUCUGCCUCUGGUCAGGCCUGGCCUCGGGGGCUCUGGUCAUCUCCAGGGACGAUGAGGAGCCACAGGAUUCAAGAAGAUCUCCCAGAUCACUGCAGAAAAGAAGCACUAAUGAGAUGAUGGUGGAGGUACACAGUGUGAUAGUGGACUGCGCUGUGACGUCUCGCUUUGCCCACACCGUCAUGACCUCCACGGCCUUAAACAAAGCAAACGUGUCCCAGGAAAUAUUUUUUGAAGUGGAGAUGCCGAAGACCGCAUUCAUCACAAACUUCAGCAUGGAAAUUGAAAAUCGGUUCUAUGUGGGAGAGAUUAAGGAGAAAGAAAAAGCAAAGAAACAGUAUGAGAAGGCCGUUUCCUCUGGUCAGACAGCUGGACUGGUUAAAGCCUCUGGAAGAAAAAUGGAGAAGUUUUCAGUGUCCGUCAACAUAGCAGCAGAAAGUAACGUGACUUUCAUUUUGACGUAUGAGGAGCUCCUCCAGAGGAAACUGGGCCUCUAUGAGAUUCUGACUCGAGUUAAACCCAAGUCUCUCGUCCAGGAGUUCAAGAUUGUAACAAACAUAUAUGAGCCUCAGGGCCUCUCCUCUGUUGAUGCCCACGCAACCUUCCUGUCCAAUGACUUGCUCCCCCUGGUGGAGAAAACCGUCUCAGACAAAAAGGCACACAUCUCUUUCUCACCAACAAUAGACCAGCAAAGAAAGUGUCCGGGUUGUGACGGGACACUGAUUGAUGGAGAUUUUAUCAUUAAGUAUGAUGUGAAUCGAGAGAAGAACCUCGGGGACAUUCAGAUUGUGAACGGAUACUUUGUGCACUUCUUUGCUCCACCAGUGCUCCCUAGAGUGCCAAAGAAUGUGGUGUUUGUCAUUGACAGGAGCGGAUCAAUGGGUGGAAUGAAGAUGCAACAGACACGAGAGGCAAUGCUGGCCAUCCUCAAAGACCUGGACGAAGAGGAUCACUUUGCUCUCGUCCCGUUCGACAGUGUAACUGAAGUCUGGAAGGAAUCACUCACCAAAGCAACCAAGCAAAAUGUGUCUGAUGCCAUGAACUAUAUCAGGACAAUAGAUGCCAGGGGAUCAACAGGCAUGACUUCUGGAGUAACAAAAGGAAUAGACAUGCUGAAAAAGGGCCGACAGGAGAACAGACUCCCUGAGAGAAGCACUGAUAUGAUCAUUUUACUGACUGAUGGGAUGCCAGAUGGUGGAUCAUCUUAUGUGCAGUCGAAUGUUGGCUCGGCCAUGGGAGAAAAGAUGUCACUGUACUGUUUGGGAUUUGGAAAUGAUGUGGAUUACAACUUUCUGGAUGUGAUGAGCAAAGAAAACAGAGGAAUGGCUCGAAGGAUCUAUGAAGCUUCAGAUGCAACACUGCAGCUCCAGGGUUUCUAUGAAGAAGUGGCCAGUCCUCUGCUUUUAGAUGUGGACCUGCGCUAUCCUGAUAAUGCAGUUGACUUCCUGACCACCAACAACUUUGCCCAGUUGUUUAACGGCUCAGAGAUUGUGGUGGCUGGGCGGCUGACAGACAACAACCUGGAUAACUUCUUAGUAGAAGUGCUCGGCCAGGGGUUUGAAGGAGACUACAAGGCGGAAGGCCAGGCCAGUGCUCUGGACUGGACAGCAAUGUACCCGGAUGAUGAGUACAUCUUUGGAGAUUUCACCGAGCGUCUGUGGGCAUACCUCACUAUCCAACAGUUAUUGGAGAAGAGCAAAACUGGUGACUCAAAUAUGAAAGCCAAUGCCACGGCCAAAGCCCUGGAAAUGUCGCUGGAGUACAGCUUCGUAACCCCUCUCACCUCCAUGGUGGUCACCAAGCCUGAGACUGAGGACGGAAACGCUGACCCUGUCAUUGCUGACAAGCUGACUGAAGCCCAGAGACAAAUGGCAGAGAGAAUGGGUUAUCGCUACCAGAGUCCUCCAUCAUAUACAAAUUAUCAGUAUUCAGCCCCAGUUUUUGUGGAUGGAGAUCCUCAUUUCAUAAUAGAGCUUCCUGACAGACAUGAUGCUUUGUGCUUCAACAUCAAUGACAAACCAGGAACCAUUUUUAACCUCGUCAGUGACCCAGAAUCAGGGAUUGUGGUCCAUGGCCAGAUUAUUGGAGACAAGAAGAUUUCCCCUGACGGGACCAUGAAUACCUAUUUUGGGAGUUUUGGCAUCAUUCACCAGACUCUGGGUGUCAGACUGGAGGUGAACACUCAAGAAAUCUCAGUGUUUCAGGACAACAAGCAAGUCAAGCUGCUGUGGUCUGAUACAGCUGCUGUCAAAGGACUCAACAUGGAUCUUCUUGUGACCAAAGAUCGCAGUCUAACAGUCACACUGAAGGAUUCGGUUAAGUUUGUCAUUGUGCUGCACAAAGUGUGGGCGAAGCACCCCUACCACAGAGACUACUUGGGCUUCUACACUGUGGACAGUCACCUCCUGUCCCCUUCUGUCCAUGGGCUGCUGGGUCAGUUCUAUCAUGGGAUUGAAUAUGAGGUGACGGGGCUGCGUCCAGGAGAACACCCUGAUAAACCAGACGCCACCAUGUAUGUGAAAGGACGUGAGCUCAAUGUGACCAGAGGCUGGCAGAGGGACUUCAGCAGAGAUGUGAAGAAUGGAGAACGUGUUCCCUGUUGGUUCAUCCACAGUAAUGGGACCGGCCUCAUCGAUGGAGACGCAUCAGACUACAUAGUCUCCAGCCUUUUUACAACAGAUUGAGACCGAUUAACAUUCACCAUUCAAACCGUCACAGUCAAAUUAAUUCAAUAAAUCUACAAGUUCACAUGUAAUCACACCACAAAUACUCUCAAUACUCCCAUGACAUUGCGGGUGAAUUUCUGUGUUGUGUCAACAAUUUCCAAUGUCAAGUUCAUGCAAUGUCAUUUUUUGAAAAAGGAUGGGAAAUUUGUCUAAACAGGCCUCAUAUUUCUCUUCAUUUAACCCAUCCUGUUCAUAAUUACAUUUAACUUCUCAUGCUGGGAGCAGUGGAUUACUUCAUGGAGAUGAGGGUCAAAGGCCUUGCUCAGGAGUCUACAGUGGUAACAUAUCAGCAGCGGGGUGUGAUGAUCGUUGUCUGAUGAAUUUCAUGUAACGUGAGGGUUCGACGGGUUGAGGUUGGAUCAUAUAAGGAGUAAACAGAAGGACGGAGAUGGUCGUAGCCUUGUCUUUACUUGGUUCCACACUUUCUGACUCUGCACACAACACCAC